AUGAGUUGUGUGGUCCCGCGAAAGAAGAACUACUAUGCGGCUUCUUUCAGCCCUACCUCAGCAGACCAUGAUUUCUUCUCGGAAAGAACUCGCGUUUUGACGCUGUUGACCAUGGUGCUGUCUAGACUAAUGGGAACUAGCACAGCCGUCACUGCCUGGCAAUUUACAAUAGUUCUUGCUUUCAUAAACGCUCUUGCGAGACGUCGUGCACAUACAUUGAGGAAACACAUGAAAGCGCUCCGGGCUCCCAAAAAUGACACUGGUGUUUUUCUGCAGUAAGCUUUGCAUGACUAUUAGGCAGUCAAUAAAUCAGCUAAUAAUUCUAAGCAGAUUGACUGUCGAGCCGGAUCAGCUUUUUCGUAUCUUUCACGACGAAUUUAGUUGCAACAUAAUACGUAUUAGGAUAUAUUCCGGUGUACCCGUUUUGUUGUUUCUAACUUUUUAGCUUGAUUCGUAGAUUUGGACUGUUUUAUCAGAAGAUGCCAUUUUCAUGAGAUUUCAUAGAACUUCGGGUUUGUUGUUUGUUGUAAUUGUGUUCUCUCUUAUGUUAAGCUUAAUCUGGAAGCAGAUUUCACAUUGAGUUUAGAGUGACAUGCACGUACGAAUAAACAUCAGAAAUCA